AUGCGUAUCAAGCUCGAGAGUGUCCCUCCUUUGCCGCUUGUCAAGGCCUGGUUUAGUGUACACUCUGCGACCACCGUCAGCGAGCUCAAAUCUGUGCUUUGCUCCGACCUUCCAGCGUUUCUGGAUGGACAAUUGCGUGGGGGAGAUAUCCGGCUUCUCCUGGAGGAUUUCGAGUUGCUGGACUCGAGCCCAAUUGAUGUAAUAAGGGAAGGGGACUUGAUCAUUGUCAAGCGCAAUCCUUCCGUCACGUCGAGCAAUAAGCGAAAGGCGCCGGAGACUGACCUGGAAUCUUUUCGCAAGCGUCCCAAGCACGCCAAUGAAGCGUCUCGGCAAGCAGACCGCGCACCCUCCCACAAAUUGCAGACAAUUGAAAAUAAAGCAAGCGCAAAUUCUGGGGCAAAGCCGUCAUCCUCAGAGGAUUCAGAGCCAAGUUCCGGCUCAUCUUCUGAGUCUGAGUCUGAGACCAGCAGUGGCGAAUCCGAGUCGGAAUCUGAGUCACACUCGGGCUCGGCUUCGAGUUCGGAAUCCUCAUCGUCUGAUGAAUCUUCCUCUGCAUCUUCUGCUCCCUCUGUGCGUCCAUCUCGACAUCACGCUGUCGCGGCCUUACCGCCGAAAGCCGAGCUAACAGCAAAUGCUGCUCGCUCGAAAUCAGUACCAACCCUUCCUCAUGUACCACCAGGCCUUGGGAAGCCGUCCACUCAAAGUCGCAACAUUCGCCGGCGGCGGAAACGUCUGUACGAGCGGUUAGCAGCAACCGCAGAGCCGGCUAGCGUGAACGCAAUUCCGCUCGGUACGCGAGCCCCGGCAACGGGGGCGGGUUCAUCCGUACCCUCAGGGCCGUCCGCACAACCAGCGCAGAACGAGGCGCAGGAGGCACCGCGGCAGCCGGUCCUGAUGGCGUCCCUGCAGAACAAGAACAAAAAGAAGGGCUUCAGAAAGUCCAUGUCCGCCGCUGUUCCCGCGAAGAUCGUGUUUACUGAUCUGGAAGACGAGACAGCGGUCGUCGACGAGGCCAUGCAAGAGGCCAUGCCGUUCACGAACACGGCAGACCGAGACCGUGGUGUUUUCAUGGUGAAUGCGCGCCUGGUCCCGCCGUCGGAGAAGCAGGAGCGCGGUCUACUGCCUCUAAACAUGUUCGUCACGAGCGUCGACGUGGAGGAGGGCUUGUAUAGUAAGAAAGGAAAAAAGAAAAGGAACCAGGAACAGCGACGACCAGCGGAGGUUCCGGAUGUAGGAAUGAAUGCGGGAGGCAAUUUUGAACUCCCAUAUGACGACCCGGAAGAGUUGGUCGAGUCAAAUGGGCUAGAGGAACACAGCGCUCGUUCGGGCGAGAGACCGAUGCCCGUUCGCGGAAGCAUUGAAAAGACAUGGGCGUCGCUCGCCAAGAUCACCGCUGCAUUCCAGUCUCAGGUUGGCGCUAUUGUUGGAUGGAAGGAACUUGGUAUCAACCCUAGAACAUAUACGCCCGAGGUGCUUCUUAACAUUGGGCGCGUCGUCAAGAACGAUGAGCAGCUCGUUCUGGAACCUGUCUUUGAGGAAAAGGAGACAGAGUGCGGGUUAUUUGAAGACCAAGGUUCGCCAGCAAAUAUCAACUUGCUGCCGUCCUUGAUAGAGCUUGCUUGGAUGACGGGCUCAACACCCGCGAAGCUCGUGUUUCUCUUCAAUCGAUAUACUGCUUUGUCCUAUGCUUUCUAUGAAUUUGUUCUAAGUGCACAGCCCUCUCUGAGUAACUCGAUAUGUGUCGGAAUAGUGGCGAUGAAUUGUCUCUACGACGAACUAUUUUUCAUAAUCUGGGCAGCCUUCUCUGCAUUGCGCGUCUAUGCGAUUAGUGGAAGGGCACUGUACUUGGCAGCCCUCGUUUUCUGCUUGGGCAUGGUACCAGCCUUCACAAACAUAACAGUUCAACUAUGCCAGAACAACGAUUGCUCUAGUGGCAAUAAACGGUCGGAAUACUUGUUCCAGCCAAAGCAAAUUGUCCAUUUCCCUGAAUUUUCGGUAUAUCAGCCUUUCUCUUCCCCGAAGUCCAGAUACUUGUUCUCAUACGCGUGUCAUUCCAUGUGCUCUUCUUUGAAAACGAUUGAUAAUGGUAUCGCCAGUAUUAUGCUCGCUCUGAACAUUGCGGACAUAUUACUGUGGAACUCUGGGUACAUCGAGCUGGUAUCGGAGGCAGUUGGACCGUUGACAUCCUUGAUGGUCUCUCACUGCCUCCUGAAUCUCCGUGAAGUGAUUGCAUUGCCGCAAGACAUAGCAGACAUCACAAGCCUGUCUUUUGCCCAUUCCGAGUUGCAAGUGGCGGCGCAUGAAGUCGACUCGUCUACCGAGUGUACUUCCGAUUCCACAAUCAGCAUGGAGAUGGAACCGAUUGAGAGCUCGCACGGAGCUCGCACAUCUGAUUCUCCUCAAGUGCGAAUGGUUGAACUAGCGCUACACCGUAAAAUCUCGACGGAACGCCACAUGUGCUCGGGUAUGGUUCACGAGCAGAGCACCGUGAGAGGUGAUGGCGGGCCAAGGCGCGGCCUCUGGGAUUCUCUGUCUCAGAAGGAUACUCGCCAUCAGGGAGCAUCGGAGGUAUCACUGGAGCGGAUGGAUUGGUGGUCAAGUCGGGCGGACUAG